AUGGAUGGAGAUGGAUCUCCACGUCACCUCACUGCUCAAAAUUUCUACUCGGCUAUUGCGCUCCAAACCCACUAGAGCUCUGCUCGGCACAACGAUGUGAAGCAGGACCGGCGCUUUGGUACGGGCCAUUAGAUGAUGGAUUAUGAUGAGCGCGUGCCCGUUGGGUCUAAUAUGUAUUUGCCUAACUGCACUUACUACGUUUCCGGAACGGACUUUUCCAGCCUUCCUCCUUUUCUGCCCCAGACCCCGUCUACUUGCCCCAUGACAUAUUCCUACUCAUCGUCUAGUCUGCCCCAGGUUCAGUCCGUCCGAGAGGUAGCAUUCAGAGACUAUGCCAUUGACCCUGCCAGCAAGUGGCACCACCGGGCCAAUCUGCCACACUGCUACGCGCCAGAGGACAUGGUGCACCGAGAUUGUCUGCCCAACCCGGGGACUUUAGGGGACAUGUUCUCGAAAAACAGCUCGGCUGUUUACCACUCGGGUUCCGGCCAUGCUUCCGGCGUGUAUGGGAGCGUCGGAAGGAAUGGGGUUUUACCCCAAGCUUUUGAUCAGUUUUUCGAAACGGCUUACGGCAACGUGGAGAAUCAAAACAGCGAGCAGGCAGUGAGCAGAUCUAACAGCAGUAAAGCCCCUCCAGCAGCUGCGGCAGCCUUAAGCUCGGGGACAGAGCCAUGCCGGGACCUCGAGGAGGCAGACCGCCGCGAGGAGGCCAGCAGUCCCGAAUCGUCUUCCGGCAACAACGAGGAAAAAUACGCGAGCACAAAUGGACAAAAAACCCGUAAGAAGAGAUGCCCUUACUCCAAGUAUCAAAUAAGGGAACUGGAAAGAGAAUUUUUCUUUAGCGUUUACAUAAACAAAGAGAAGAGGCUGCAGCUAUCCAGGAUGCUUAACCUUACCGACCGUCAAGUUAAAAUCUGGUUUCAAAACAGGAGAAUGAAGGAAAAAAAGUUGAACAGAGACCGUUUACAGUACUACUCGGCAAACCCUUUGCUGUAGAGGUUGUGUGUGUGUGAGAGAGAGAUAGGGUGAACUUCAAGGUCGCAGCGCCUGCACAUUCCAGGAGCGGACCUGAAAGUCCAGAAACCUCAUUUCACCAUAUAUAGGCUAUGCAAUAUCGGCGAUAUUAUUAUUAUUAUUAUUAUUAUUAUUAUUAUUAUUAUUAUUAUUAUUAUUAUUAUUGCAUCGCCAUUCACUCAGCAAUGUCAGAUACAUUUUACAGGGUUUUUUAUAUUUUAUUGUUUUAUGGCUUUAUUUUCUGACGAUCGUGUGUACUUUAUAUUUAUAAAUGUGAUAUGUAUACCUGUUCAAACCAAUGUAUAGGGGAAAGUCGUUCUACAGAAGGAAAUUCACUUAAAGAAAUCAUUAAUUUGAGUGUCUUUAUAAUGACAUCAUUGUUUUUUCUUUCUAUUUCUUUUCUUUUUUUAAAAAAAAAGCAAAUGAAUUGGUUUGUAAGGGUUAUCUUCUACUUGAAUUUUAUCCUUUUUUGUGCUAGACUUUCAUCUAGGCCUAAAAGAUCUGAUUUAAUGAAUACAAAACUGUACGAACUAUAAAGAUGUGUAUGAAGAACAACUUAAAAGCAAUAGCCAAGUCGACAAGGACACUGCUUAACAUGUUAACAUUUCACUACAAAUGUUGGGCUAAUAUCUUCGAAUUGUCAUACUGUAAUUUUUCCAACUUGUGAUACAUUAUGGACUAUGCAUUCAGAACUCGUUAUAUAAAUCGAUUCGUGAAAAGAAA